CGUCUUCCAAAAUCAACCACAUUGACUUCUCUUUGUACAAGGGUCUGGUCACUCAUGGCCAUCCUCACUCUUUCUCUUCCUCUUAUCGUCUCUUUCCUUCGCCCUCACGCUUCUCCUCGCUUCUUCCUCCUCCCUCGCUCCCUUUCUCAUCCCCCUUUCCUCUCCCGCCGCCGAUUUCACCGCACUGCCGCCGUUUCCUCCGCCUCUGUUCAUCACCAGUCCUAUCGUAAUCCCAGCGAUGAUGAUUCCACCCGCGCGGUCUCUGUUCCUACAUUCCAACAGGCGAUUCAGCGCCUCCAGGAAUAUUGGGCUUCCGUCGGAUGCGCCGUUAUGCAACCUAGCAACACUGAGGUCGGAGCUGGCACCAUGAAUCCUUGUACCUUUUUGAGGGUUCUUGGUCCUGAACCUUGGAAUGUUGCCUAUGUUGAGCCAAGCAUACGUCCUGACGAUUCUCGCUAUGGAGAGAACCCCAAUAGGCUUCAAAGACACACUCAAUUUCAGGUCAUUUUGAAACCUGACCCUGGAAACUCUCAACAGCUCUUUAUCAACAGUCUCUCUGCUUUAGGUAUUGAUGUGGCUGCACACGAUAUACGGUUUGUAGAAGACAACUGGGAGAGCCCGGUGCUUGGUGCUUGGGGUCUGGGCUGGGAGAUUUGGAUGGAUGGUAUGGAAAUCACACAAUUUACUUACUUCCAGCAGGCUGGAAGUCUUCCGUUGUCUCCAGUAUCUGUUGAAAUAACUUAUGGGCUUGAGCGCAUCAUCAUGUUGCUUCAAGAAGUUGAUCAUUUCAAAAAGAUCUUAUAUGCUGAUGGUAUCACCUAUGGGGAGCUUUUCUUGGAAAACGAAAAGGAAAUGAGCUCAUAUUAUUUAGAGCAUGCUAGCGUGGAUCGCCUUCAAAAGCAUUUCGACUUUUUUGACGAAGAAGCACGUUCCUUGCUUGCCUUAGGACUUCCAAUCCCUGCGUAUGACCAGCUUCUGAAGACGUCUCACGCUUUUAACAUUUUAGACGCUAGAGGUUUCAUUGGCGUAACUGAACGUGCUCGUUAUUUUGGUCGAAUGCGCAGCUUGGCUCGCCAAUGUGCCCAACUGUGGUUGAAGACACGUGAGUCUCUUGGACAUCCUCUUGGUGUUGUCUCUGAACCAGUUCCUCCUAUUUGUCACAGAGAGGCUUUGGAAAAAGUGGCUAAAAAGGUACCUGAGGAUCCAAGAUCGUUUAUUAUUGAGAUAGGGACUGAAGAGAUGCCACCUCAAGAUGUUACCAACGCUAGUGAACAACUCCGGGUCUUAGUACUAGAAUUACUAGAGAGUCAACGAUUGGUGCAUGGUGCUGUGAAAGCCUUUGGCACACCCCGCAGGCUAGUGGUUUUAGUUGAUGCUAUGUCCUCUAAGCAGCUGGAAGAAGAGGUUGAAGUUCGAGGACCCCCUGCUUCCAAAGCUUUUGAUGAUGAAGGAAAGCCUACGAAGGCUGCAGAUGGUUUUAGCCGUAGAUAUGGCGUUCCAUUGGAAAAGUUGUACAGAAAAGUUUCUGGAAAGACAGAAUAUGUCCAUGCACUAGUUACAGAGCCAGCUCGACUUGCUUUGGAGGUUCUGUCAGAAGAUUUACCUGCUAUACUGGCUAAAAUAUCGUUCCCAAAGUCGAUGCGCUGGAACUCUUCAGUAAUGUUUAGCAGACCAAUUCGCUGGGUUAUGGCCUUACAUGGGGAUCUGGUUGUGCCGUUCUCCUUUGCUGGCAUCACUAGUGGAAAUGUAUCUUGUGGACUUCGCAAUACUGCUUCAGCAUCCCUAUUGGUACAGAAUGCAGAAUCCUAUGAAGAUACUAUGAGGAAUUCUGGAAUCAAUAUCGAGAUUGAGGAAAGGAAGAAAAUCAUUCUUGAGAAGUCAAAUGCACUAGCAAAGAGUGUAAUGUGCCUUGUUAUCCCACAUAAUUUACUUAAUGAGGUUGCAAAUCUCGUCGAAGCUCCUGUGCCCUUAAUUGGAAAGUUCAAGGAAUCAUUCUUAGAACUCCCAGAGGAGCUAUUAACUAUUGUAAUGCAAAAGCACCAGAAAUAUUUUUCCAUUAUCGAUGAGAAUGGACGGCUAUUGCCUUACUUUAUUGCUGUUGCCAAUGGUGCAAUAAAUGAGGAUGUAGUGAGGAAAGGAAAUGAAGCAGUUCUCAGGGCACGCUAUGAAGAUGCGAAGUUCUUUUAUGAGGUGGACACAAGGAAAAGGUUUUCUGAAUUCCGAGGUCAGCUACAGGGAAUUCUAUUCCACGAAAAGCUGGGGACGAUGCUAGAUAAGAUGAACCGUCUACAAAACAUGGUAACUAAGCUUUGUUUGUCCCUCGAAAUCGAUGAGGAUGUGCUUCCGGUUGUGGAGGAUGCUGCCUCACUUGCUAUGUCGGACCUUGCAACUGCUGUAGUUACAGAAUUUACUGCGCUGGCAGGAAUAAUGGCUCGUCAUUAUGCUCUCAGAGAUGGCUAUUCAGAGCAGAUAGCAGAAGCUUUGCUGGAAAUCACACUUCCUAAAUUUUCUGGAGAUGUCAUCCCAAAAACAGAUGCAGGAAUGGUUUUGGCAAUAGCUGAUAGAUUAGAUAGCCUUGUUGGUCUAUUUGCUGCUGGUUGCCAGCCAAGUUCAACAAAUGACCCAUUUGGCCUUAGAAGAAUAUCAUAUGGCUUAGUUCAGAUUUUGGUCGAGAAGGAUAAAGAUAUCAACUUCAAACAUGCCCUAGAACUUGCGGCCAGUGUACAACCUACAAAGGUCGAGGCAAACACUUUAGAAGAUGUGUAUCAAUUUGUUACUCGAAGACUGGAACAGCUACUGGUUGACAAUGGAGUAGGCCCUGAAGUAGUUAGGUCUGUCCUAGCAGAGCGUGGAAACAAUCCUUGUCUGGCAGCACGGACUGCAUACAAGAUGGAAAAGCUAAGCAGAGGUGAGUUAUUUCCGAAGAUAGUGGAAGCAUAUUCUCGUCCCACACGCAUUGUCCGCGGGAAAGACAUUGGUGUUGGAGUUGAGGUGGAUGAGAAUGCAUUUGAGACUACCCAAGAGAGAGCAUUGUGGAGCACUUACACCUCUAUCAAAGAUCAAAUUCACACUGACAUAGAAAUCGAGGAGUUCACUGAGAUAUCGAUGCAAUUGGUGGAGCCACUCGAGGAUUUCUUCAACAAUGUGUUUGUGAUGGUGGAAGACGAAAGAGUGAGGAAGAACAGACUCGCUCUGCUCAAUAACAUUGCCAGUCUUCCCACAGGAGUCAUUGACCUCUCAUUUUUGCCCGGAUUUUGAGCUUUUACUUGUUUCAUAAUCCCCACAGGAAUCAUUUUUUCUUUGUUUCAUAACCUUUAUAUCUUGUUUUGUGCUUUCAAUGUAAAACUUAUGCAAUUGAACUCUCAAUAAAAAAAAAUUCAAAAUUUUCUUGCCUUAUCA